UUUGUAAUGGCUAGAUCCAGAGUAGCCCCAAAGCGUCAGCUUUCAAUCCCAAGGUUAGAACUUUGUGCCGCUUUGACAGGGGCUCAAGUUUCCAAGCUACUCAAAACAGAAAUAUCCAUACCGAUCAGCAGUGUCACUUUGUGGACAGACUCAACAACUGUUCUUAAUUGGCUUCAUUCUAAUUCAUGCCGGUUUAAGGUAUUUGUGGGCACCAGAGUAGCUGAGAUUCAAGAGCUAACAGAACAUGAUAACUGGCGCUAUGUAGACUCCGUUAAUAACCCUGCCGAUUACAUUACUAGAGGAAAGACCUUAAUAGAGAUAGCAAAACCAGGUUACUGGCGAUUUGGACCACCCUUUCUCCUACAGCACCAAAGGGAUUGGCCUGAAAUGACUUGCACCAAUGUUGCUGAAGAUAUAGCUGAAUUAAAGCCUCCUAAACCCUGUACAGUCCUCCUACUUUUAGUACCAGCUAUUCCAGAUAUUAGUCAGUUUCGCACCUAUGGUGAGUUGUUGGAAGCCACUGUGAGAUUAGUUAAAGGAGCUGAGCAAGAUCAUCAACCUUGUGCCUCUGAUUACCAAAAGGCUGAAUUGCUACUUGUACGAAGGGCUCAAAUAGAUAGUUUUCCUGAUGAGUUCAAUCAACUACAAGAAGGUAAACCUGUUUCUUCUAGUAGCAGACUGAUAACCUUAUCUCCAGAAUUUGACCAUUCCAGUGAAAUUAUCAGAGUUGGUGGUAGGCUGCGACGAGCUGAGCUGUUGGAAUGUGAUGCAAUGCAUCCUAUUAUAUUGGAUCCUACUCACCCUGUGACAAAAUUGUUGAUUCAAAGAUAUGAUGAACAACUUAGUCACCCUGGACCAGAACGUUUAUUUGCUGAAAUUAGGCGCACAUACUGGAUCCUGAGAGGAAGAGAGGCAAUUAGGAAACAUCAGCAUGUUUGCAGAGAGUGUCAAAGAUGGCGAGCUAAACCUCAAAUGCCUAAGAUGGCCGAUCUGCCACUAGCCCGGCUCCGUUUAUUUAAGCCAGCAUUCUAUAGUACUGGAGUGGAUUGCUUUGGGCCUUUUAUUGUGAAGGUCGGCCGUCGUAAUGAAAAGAGAUGGGGAGUAGUAUUUAAAUGUCUUACAACCAGGUGUGUCUAUUUGGACAUAUUUAAUAGCAUGGAUGCAGACUCUUUCUUAAUGACCCUUCGACGCUUUAUUCCACGACGGGGAAAACCCUAUGAACUGCUUUGUGAUCAAGGUACAAAUUUCCGUGGAAGUAAUCGAGAGUUGUGUGAGGCCUUUGCAAGUUUAACAAAUGAUCUUAAGUUGCUUCUGGCCAAACAAAAAAUUAGGUUCCAGUUCAAUCCACCAGGUGCACCACAUUUUGGUGGUGCUUGGGAGCGGGAGAUUCGUUCGAUAAAGACUGCACUUAACAUAACCUUGGGGUCCCAAACAGUUACUGAAGAGGUGCUGAGGACAAUUCUAGUGGAAGUAGAAGGGAUCUUAAACGCAAAACCUUUGGGGUUGUCUAUCCUGAAUCAGAUCUCUUGACUAGAAGGAGAUGGAGACACAGCCAGGUGCUGGCAGAUCGUUUUUGG